AUAAAUUUGCUAAGUAUUUUCUGCCUCAAUAUAUACAGCACUGCGUUGCUACCUCUGAAAAUCCAAGAUGACCGCUAUUCACCCCUCAGAAAGCUACCACGAAUAGGUUAUCUACUGUAUAUACUGUGGUCAUAAUGCCAAUCACCGCAUACGAUUGACGUGUCACGUAGUUUUCUUUCGUAUGUUUGCCGAUACGUGCACUUAUUUAACGAUUCGUCCCCUGAUCAGGGUCCGCUGUCAGCUGCAAAGCGAGAGAGUAAGAAAAGAGUUUCACGUCAUUUUAUCUUUGAGGUGGUAGCGGCAUAACAAUGGCCGGCAUGUACCCUAAAAAAUAACACAGCUGUCCAAGAAUGAUAGAAACAAGAUUGCGCAAUGCGCAUGUUUGCUUUCAGUCAGCGGUUCUUGCUGACGUCACGGUUGACUCAUUAUUCGCCCGCGCUUUUGAAAGUGAAUUCGAAUUGUGUUUUCAAGUGUUGUAUUAAUUGUUAAAUUUUAUAUUUUUCAAAAUGCGUUGCGCAGUGUUGGGUGCAAUAAUAAUAAUGGUAAAAAUUGUGCUACGAAAUGGAGAUUUUUCCAUUUCCCUAAAGAUAAAACAGUGGUAAAACAAUGGAUAAUUUUUGUCGUCGUACGGACAACUUGCAGUUUGAAAUGGGUAAUUAUAGCAUUUUGAUUACAAUAAUUUUACUUUUAUAAUCAAACAAUCUUUCAGGUUUAAGUUCGCGGAAUCCAACUAAGUUACUGCCUAGCGCUUUUCCCACGUUAACCAUUGCUCCUGCAGAGGCUAAUGAACGGCAGAAAAGGAUGGAGUCACGUUCCAAAAAAGAGAUGUUAACAACAAUGUUGAAGAAUACCGCCCCUGUUGAAGUAAUUCAAGAAGACGAGGUUGGAGAGGCACCUCAAACUACAGGAGAGGAGGUUAUCGAUGAGAAAGACGAGAAAAUACUGUAUUUGGAAACAGAAAUACAAAGGCUGGAUAGUGUUGUUAGAACUUUGAAUAAGUGCAAAAACGAGCAGUCAGCAGAAAUUAAACGCCUUAGGAUUUCCUUUAAAACCUCGGAAUUCCAUAGAAAUAAUUUGGAGCAAAAACUUAGCUGCAUUUUCAUCAACGGCCAGGUAAUAUUUUUCAACGUGUGUCAGUUGAUCUAAAUUCCACUGACCCAAUUGUAAAAAAUGAUGACUUGGAGAUUCUCAACAACGACGGACUUGAUAAUUUGGCAGGGUACAUAUGCCACAAACUCGGUAAAAACAACCUCGAAAUUUGUGCCAAUUCAGAUAAUUGUUCGUUUUAUACUUGGGUGGAUCACCUUUCUGAAGGAGGACUCUCAAAACCUACAGAUAUGUUAAUGGAGCAUGUGAGAGCCUUGCAAGCAGUAUUUGAUGAUUUAAAUGGUACUGAAUGGCAUAUAUGUACAAUUACGCCCAGAAGCACUUAGAUUUAAGUAAUUUUGUAAAUUGCAGCUCGAAAGUAAAAGUAUUGUUUUUCAGAGCUAGAAUGUAUUUCAGGAUUCGUUCCUUAAAUAAAAACUUAAUUGCUAUACAUAUGGCAAAAACAGAAAAUUA